UCCUCCCCGAUUUUCUCCCUCUCUCUCGCUAAAUACAGCGAGCGGCAGCGUGGCGCGCCCGAGCCCGCCAAAUCCCGCGCCCGCUCGCGCCCUUUUUCCCGCUACGCAACGCAACGCUCCCCAUUAUUCCCGCGAUUCCCCCUUCCCCGCCUCAACUCGCCUCGCCUCGCGCCGCCCACCCAGCUUUCCCAGCUAGCUAGCCAGCCACCUCGCCGCCGCCGACCGGAAGCAGGGGCCAUGGGGAAGUACAUGCGCAAGAGCAAGGCCUCGGGGGAGGUGGCCGUCAUGGAGGUCGCCGGCGCCCUGCUCGGCGUCCGCACCCGCUCCCGCACCCUCGCCGCGCAGCAGCAGCGCGCCCCUUCCCCCUCCCCGUCCCCUUCGCCGCACCGCAAGGGGGAGCACGACCCCGGCGCCGCCGACUACCUCGAGCUCAGGAGCAGGCGGCUCGAGAAGCAGCCGCCGCCUGGCCACAAGGAGAAGGAGGACGCGCCACCACCGGCCGCCGGUGCGAGGAGGAUGGCGGAGCAGGCGGCGGCGUCGUUCGCGGCCGACGGGUUCGAGGCCGACCUCGAGGCCUCCUUCGGCGACAACGUGCUGGACUGGGACGCCGCCGACAGGGGCACGAGGGAGACGACGCCCUGCAGCCUCAUCUACAGCUCGGAGACGAUGAGCACCCCCGGCUCCGCGACCAGGGCCAGCAACCCCUCACGCCGCAGGCCGCAGACGCCGGUCUGCCGCUACGUCCCGAGCUCGCUCGAGAUGGACGAGUUCUUCGCCGCCGCCGAGCAACAGCAACACCAGACCUUCAGGGACAAGUACAACUUCUGCCCCGCGAGCGAGCGUCCUCUCCCCGGCCGGUACGAGUGGACGGCGCUAGACUGCUAGGGCUUUCUCCUCACACCACCACCAGCAGCAGGAGCUCCUCCAUUGAUCUCUGUAACACCAGAAUGACCACCAGCAGCAGCAGCAGAUCAUGCCGUGGGCGCGAUGAAAAUGCAAAUGCAGUAGCGUUAGGUUUCGGAUUCAUCCUCUGUUGUAAAAACUUAGAGUUAGCCCGCAGCAGUAGCUCAGCAAGCCAGCAGUCUCUCAGUGUAACCAAGGAACGAACAGCCUGAUCCCCACCCACCCUCACUGUAACCGUCACUAGUUAACAUCUCAUCCCGUAGGCCCUAGCUUAAUCAGCAGCAUUAUUUUCACCUGUACCCCAGUUCUCCAUCCAUGAAUGAAUGAAUCGGAGCUAGAUUUAUUUUCA